UUGAAAAUCAAUUAAACUAUCUCUUAUCAUUUGCGAAAUAUCUUUUUUGCAAACCCUAUAAAAACUUAGUAGAACUUCGCCAAAUCGACAAGUUUCAAUUUGGAGCUAUUCAGAACUACCAACCAAGAAAAAAUGAAAUUCUUCGCCUGCUUGACUUUCUUGGCUUGUGUCAUUGCCUGUGUGUUGGCCUGCGAUCCUGACAGCAACAAUAUGCCCACCUGCACCAGUAGCAACCUGAAUGUUCCCGUUCGUAACUUCUGGGAUCCCACUUGCUAUUGGCAAUGCACUAAGGCUGGUGCCGCAGCUGAAAUUGUCCGUUGCCCCACAGCUGAAUUGUUCGACUCGGCUUUGGGUCAGUGUGUUUCCUACAAGAACUGGAAUUGGACCGCCCCUUGUCCCGAAAAUUAAGAAGUGAAUAAAAGAAAACAAAAAUAAAAAACUAUAUAA